UCACCAAAGGGUGCGUUCUGUUGUCGGUCAUUCUAGAAACACCCCAUAAGUAUUUGGGAAGCUCAUACAUUUCUUCUACGCCCGAGAAUCGCAUUUUUGUAUUUCGUGCAUCGAAACUUUCCAGAAGAUGGUGGUGAUAGAGCAGGAAGAGAGCGAGCAUCGAAACGCGAACCCCUCCAACGACGCUUCCGACGGCUUCGAAACCGCCAGCGACACCGAUCUCGCCAGUGACGGCGACGACGGUGGAGCCGGCAGCCCGGAAGAACAGAAUCACAUCGAACAGAGUCAUACCGAACAGAAUCACACCGAACAGAGUCACACCGAGAAACACCAGCAGCAGCAGCAGACGGAGCAAGAGCCGGAACACGAUGAUCCUCAGAGCACCGAAUCAUCUGAGAAUAAUGCGUUGAUCAAUGAAGAAGAGUCGAGACAGAAAGCAUUGGAUCAAGCAAAUGAAGCAAAGGUAGAAGGGAAUAAGCUUUUUGUAGAAGGGAAGUAUGAAGAGGCAUUAUUACAGUAUGAACUUGCUUUACAAGUAGCAUCUGACAUGCCUUCAUCUGUGGAAAUACGGUCAAUAUGCCAUUCAAACCGUGGUGUGUGCUUUCUGAAACUGGAAAAAUAUGACAACACAAUUAAAGAAUGCACAAAAGCAUUAGAACUGAAUCCUGUGUACGUUAAAGCUUUGGUAAGAAGAGGAGAAGCUCAUGAAAAGCUUGAGCAUUUUGACAAGGCUAUUGAUGAUAUGAAAAAGAUCUUAGAAAUUGAUCCCUCAAAUGAUCAAGCUAGGAAAACCAUUCGGCGGCUAGAGACCCUUGCUGCAGAAAAAAGGGAAAAGAUGAUUGCACAAGUGAAAGACAUGGGCAAUUCUUUCCUGCGCUACCUUGGGCUGAAGGAAAACAACUUUAAAGCAGUCAAAGAUCCAAACACUGGUUCCUAUUCUAUCUCAUUCCAACGUUGAUUUAUGUAGAGCAAAGUCAUAAACAGCAGUAAGCAAGAAAGAGGCAGUCUAAAGUGAUACAGGUAAUGUUGGAACUCUGAGUUAAUGAAGUACUAAGUGAGUUGAGCAUUGUUGGAUGGAUGUCAAGGUGUUUUAAUCACGUGGAAGUGCACUCAUGAAAGUUGAUUGGAAUUUGUAAACCUUUUUGGGUUGUACAAUGCUGUUUUUCUAUCAUCAGCUCAUUCUGCAUCAGCUUCACUACUGAAUAUGAUGCGCAUUUUAGCAAUUUUUAGUAUAGUCAUGUGAUCCAUACAUAUAUUGGCUGGUACUUUGAUGUUUAUAAGUUUUGGAAUUAUACAUGAUAUGUGAUUGUCAAAACUUAGAGCAUUUAUAAUUUUUUUUUUUUGCUUCUGCUAUUUCUGAGUUGCUAUCAUAUGUGGAAUUGGUCUUUAGCAAACUGCAGUACUACAAAAACUAGUGCUUUAUACUGGUUAUUCACUGAAGUGGAGCAGCAAGUUGUGAGCUCUAAAGAUGCUGUCCCUCCAUUAAUUUAGAAGAAUCUGCUAGUCUGGUUUUAUGUUGUGGGCGGCUGAAGGUGUGUUACAGAAUAAGAGGUAUGUUUUGGUUGCGAGGCUUUCAGGUCAUUGAAGUGAGUUUGCUGUUUUAGUCUCAAAGCAACCUGAAUAUUUGUUAGAUAUAUGGAUGUACCUGUUCAGUUUUAGAAAGUGAAAGUGAACAAAAAAAUUAUAUAUGUAUUCAUCUCAA